ACUAUUCCUCCAUUUCAAGCCACACCAUAAAAGCUGAGGAUAAUUAUUGAAAUUGAUUAAAAUUGAGCUCUCCCUUUUUUAAAAAUUGAUUAAAACGAAUGAAUUUGGCGGUGAGAGAGCUUUCCGUUCCGGUGGUUAGAGCCUUCGCUUGGACGGCGAGGGAGAAGGAGUCCGAAGUAAUACGACGUCGUAGAGCACUGAGAAGGUUUGAUAAUGAGUUAGAAAAGGGAAAUUACAAGGCUGCUCACUCUCAUAUGAAGCAAUUACAGCACGAUCCCCGUGGCCUACUUGGCUUCGGCUCUGUUAAACUGGUGGUGCCAAAAAGAAUAGCAGCACAAGAACUACAGAUGGAUAAUUCAGCGUCUUUUGAAUCUUUAGCUGACUCGAUUCUGCGUUCAAUUAAACAUAGCAUCGAGUUUGCUCUGUUAGAUGAGGAGGUCUUAUUGACGGGAAUAGAAGAUGAUAUGGGGAGUGAAAGUUAUGAUUCCCCUUACGAAGAUCAUCAAAUGUGCUUGCAACAUGAGGCUGGGCAUUUUCUUGUUGGUUACUUUGUCGGCGUCUUACCAAGAAGUUAUCAAGUACCUAGUGUAGAAGAUAUUAUACAGGACAAGUUUGCUCAAGGAAAUGUGCAGUUUCUUGGCUUUGAAUUUCUCAAACAAGUUGACAUUGAUACUAUAUCUAGCAACAAGUUUACCCAAGGCAAGCUAAAAAGCAAGGAAAUCAGGGCCAAAAUCUCAUCCCGGACUUUGAACAAGUUUUUGUGUGUGAUACUGGGAGGGUUAGCAGCGGAGUACCUGGUAUUUGGAUACUCAGAAUUACUUCACUCAGAUGUUCAACAGCUGGACAGAGUGCUAAGAUGGUUGUGCUUCAAUGAGAAUGAAGCUGACUCUGUGGUAAGAUGGGCUGUAAUUACCACUUUGUCGUUAUUAAGUCAUCAUCACGAGGCUCGAUCAAGACUAGCAGAGGCCAUGAACUCGAGAAGAUCCAUUGGCUAUUGUAUUGAUGCGAUAGAGAGUGCUCUGUGAGGCCAUGAGGAUUAGUCAACAACCUAAACAAGCCACCUAUGUUGCUCGGACUCUCCAAAAUGCCCUCGAGAAGAUCCAUUGGUUAUUGUAUUGAUGCGAUAGAGUGCUCUGUAAGGCCAUGGGGAUUAGUCAGCAACCUAAACAAGCCACCUAUGUUGCUCGCAUUCUCCAAAGAUGUUGCUGGGUGCAUGUCGGAUCCUUCAAAAGUAGUGUAUUUUUGGAUGAUCCGAUGCGAGUGCGGCAGCAUUUUGGAGAGUCCGUGCAAUUAUGUUGAAUGCAGUGUUCUCAAGUCCUUCAGAAAGAAGAAAAGGAAAAGUGAGGUCCAAUGGUCUAGAUCAGAAGACCGCCUUAUUGAGUGUUUGGAGUCUUCUUGGUCAGAGUUAUAUAUAAAAUAAAAGGAGAAGAUCCUCCUGUUUCAAGUUUGAAAUACUUUUCCUUCGUGUUAAGCUGAAUUGGAGAAAUUCGUUGCGUUU